CCCUCCGCCCGCCCGCCCCCGGCAAAGAUGGCGUGGCGAGCGCUGCGGCGGGUCGGGCCGGUCCUGGCGCUCCGUUGCCCGCGCUUCGCGCCGCCGCUGCCACUAUCGCCGCGGGUGCCCGCGGCCCGGAGGUUGGCCACCAGCUCGCUGGUGCUGUCCGCCCGCAAAUUCACAGACAAGCAUGAAUGGAUAUCCGUUGAAAAUGGCAUUGGAACAGUAGGAAUCAGCAAUUUUGCACAGGAAGCAUUAGGAGAUGUUGUUUACUGUAGUCUUCCAGAAAUUGGGACAAAAUUGCGUAAAGAUGAUGAGUUUGGAGCUUUGGAAAGUGUGAAAGCUGCUAGUGAACUCUACUCUCCUCUCUCGGGAGAAGUGACUGAAAUUAAUGCUGCCCUUGCAGAUAAUCCAGGGCUUGUCAAUAAAUCUUGUUACCAAGAUGGUUGGCUUAUCAAGAUGACUGUGGAAAACCCUGCUGAACUUGAUGAACUGAUGAAUGAAGAUGCCUAUGAGAAAUACAUAAAAUCCAUUGAGGACUGAGCUGGAAUAAUGAAAUAAAUCCAUAUAAAAUA